UAUUCAAGAGAUACAACUCCAUUUUCCUUUAUACAUUUGCUGCAUAUAUAUUACUAUUUGCACGUGAUUUCCUUAAAUACAUUGUACAUGUCUGAACUGAUUUCCACCUCAAAGGAACUAAUUUCAUCGAUGGCGAAAAGGCUCGAAGGCAAGGUGGCUGUUAUUACCGGCGGCGCCAGUGGCAUUGGAGAAUACACAGCGAGGCUUUUCGUUCAACAUGGUGCUAAGGUCGUUAUCGCCGAUGUACAAGACGAACUAGGCCAGACUGCCUGCCGGGACAUAGGAUCUUCCGAAGUCAUCUCCUACGUACACUGCGACGUGACUAAUGAAACUGAUGUCGAAAACGUGGUCAACACCGCUGUGUCCAAAUACGGCAAGCUCGACAUAAUGUUUUCCAAUGCCGGUGUUCCAGGCAACAACGACCCCAGGAUUCUGGCAACGGAUUACGAAGACCUGAGAAGGGUGUUUGAUGUUAACGUUUUUGGAGGGUUUCUGUGCGCUAAGCAUGCUGCAAGAGUGAUGAUUCCGGCGAAGAGAGGGAGUAUUGUUUUCACUUCGAGUGUGGCAUCGGUGACUCACGGAGUAGUGCCGCAUGCUUAUGUUGCAUCCAAACACGCCGUUGUUGGGCUGACGAAGAAUUUGUGCAUUGAGUUGGGGGAGUAUGGGAUUCGAGUGAACUGUGUUUCUCCGUUUGGGGUGGCGACACCGAUGUUGAUGAGGACUGUGGAACUGGAUGAGAAGGCUAAGGUUGAGGAGCUUGUUUCUGGGAUUGCUAACUUGAAAGGGGAGAAAAUGGAGGCAGUUGAUGUGGCUGAGGCUGUAAUUUUUCUGUCAAGCGACGAGGGAAAGUAUGUUAGUGGGCAGAAUUUAGUGAUUGAUGGAGGUUAUAGUUUGACCAAUAUUGCUCUGCGUGAAGGGAUCAGGAAACUGAGGAGUUCUUGAAUUGUUGUUGGCUUCGAACUUGGAAGUGUUCAUGUGUUUUAAGAAGUCUUUGUUGUGUUUGAUGUUUGCUUCUUUGUUUAUGUAAUAAUAACAUUGCUGAUGUCAUUCUAUCGAUUUCAAAUCCUCAGUAAUAAAUUCUUUGGACUUGUUUGAAUAA